AUGGAGUUCACCUGGUCGUACAACAACGUUACGACCCUACCCCCUGCCCAUGCGGGUAAGACGAUUAGCCAGGUGAUGGCGGAGAACACCGCAGAUACGUUCCAGGGAUAUAUUACAUCCCACGAGCAUGCCGAACGCCUAGAAGCUGAAUACACUCAGCUGGCCUCCGCUCAGAUCGCGGUUACCAUCAGACAAGAAUCACUCGCGGACAUCCCGCGCACCAACGAAGGGCGUGCGCACUGGCGCGAGAGGAUUUUCUACGCCAUCACCGACUUUAGCAACGUAGUCAACAAAGACCGGGUCAUAACGCUGGCGCCGUAUGGAGCCGUCAGCCGAGGCACCAGAGGGAGGACACGCCUUGCGGAUACCGAAAACGAGGCCGGCAAGAAGUUGCUAUUCCAGCGCGGCUGGUGGGCGCACACUCCCCCCUCAACGACCCGUCGAGGAGGAUAA